AUGGCGAACUCCGUGAAUCCCACCAAGGCCCUCAAGGCCGUUCACUUUGGAGCUGGCAACAUCGGCCGUGGCUUUGUCGCCUGCUUUCUGCACAACAGCGGCUACGAGGUUGUCUUUGCCGAUGUCGUGCCCGAUGUCGUUGACAAGCUCAACUCCACCAAGGAGUACAAGGUCAUCGAGGUCGGCACCGAGGGCACAACAGAAAACAUCAUCACCAACUACCGUGCCAUCAACUCGAGAACUCACGCAGACGACCUCGUCAACGAGAUUGCAACCGCUGAUGUUGUCACAUGCUCGGUCGGCCCCACCAUUCUCAAGUUCAUUGCACCUGUCAUUGCCCAAGGUAUCGACAAGCGAGCUGAUGACCUGAAGCCGCUGGCUGUUAUUGCCUGCGAGAACAUGAUCAACGCCACCACCGCCCUUGCCGACCACAUCAAGGACCCCAAGAACACCCCUGCAGAGCGCCUCGACUCUCAUCACAAGCGCGCCCGUUACGCCAACUCUGCUAUUGACAGAAUUGUCCCUGCGCAAGAUGCCGAUGCCGGUCUGAACGUCAAGCUCGAGAAAUUCUACGAGUGGGUUGUGGAGCAGCUCCCGUUCGAGGGCGAGCAUCCCCCCAUCGACGGCAUCAACUGGGUUGAGCAUCUCGAGCCCUACAUCGAGCGUAAGCUGUACACCGUCAACACCGGCCAUGCAACCGCUGCCUACCAUGGAUACAACCGCAAGAAGCGCACCGUUUACGACGCACUCCAAGAUAAGGAGAUCCUGGCCGAGGUGAAGAAGGCUCUUGCCAAUACCUCGGACCUGAUUGUUUCCAAGCACGAAACCACAGAGGAGGAGCAAGCUGCAUACGUCAAGAAGAUCAUCUCCCGCAUUGGAAACCCUCACCUCGAGGAUGCUGUCGAGCGUGUCGGUCGUGCCCCCCUCCGUAAGCUUGGGCGAAAGGAGCGGUUCAUCGGACCCGCUGCCGCGCUUGCGGAGAUGGGCAAGGACUGCAGCGGUCUUCUCGAUGCUGCUGAGAUGACACUGCGUUUCCAAAAUGUGGAGGGCGACGAAGAGUCUACGGAGCUCGCCCAGAAGAUGGCCACCAUGGAUGCCGACUCCAUAGUGGGCGAGGUCUGCGGCCUGCAGAAAUCGGAGAAGCUGUACCCCAUGAUGGUGGACAUCGUGAAGAAGGUGCAGGCCGAUGCCGAGGACUAG